AACUCAGGAAAUUCAGCUUAUAAGCUUAAUUUUCAUAAGCUUUUCAAGUUCCUUCUUUUCUUAUUCUCUUCAUCACGUUCUAUUCUUGUAUAGGCAAUUAUUCAAUAAACUCGUUAUUACUCGUAUCUUUCUUAUCGUUACUUUCGCUCAAAUUCUUUUCAACUAAGGUUAAUUGGUUACAAAUUUUAGCCCAUCGAGUAAUCCACAAUGGAAUAUACUAAUUUAAAUUGCAAUGAGGCCGGCGUUGGCGAAUUUUGUGUUCAAGUGAAGGAUCCAUUGAAUUGGAACGUGGCUGCGGAGUCACUAAAGGGUAGUCAUCUCGACGAAGUCAAACGCAUGGUGGAGGAAUACCGGAAACCGGUGGUACGGCUAGGUGGGGAAACACUUACCAUAUCUCAAGUGGCGGCAAUAGCUACUCGAGAAACCACGGUCGCCGUGGUGCUAGCGGAUGCCGCCAGGGCCGGCGUCACUGCCAGCAGUGACUGGGUGGUGGAUAGUAUGAACAAAGGGACAGAUAGCUAUGGUGUAACCACAGGUUUUGGUGCAACAUCACAUAGGAGAACCAAAGAAGGUGGAGCUCUACAAAAGGAGCUUAUUAGAUUUCUGAAUGCUGGAGUAUUUGGCAAUGGAAAUGAAUCGUCCCAAACUCUGCCUCGGUCUGCCACAAGGGCUUCAAUGCUUGUUAGAAUAAACACAUUGCUUCAAGGAUAUUCAGGCAUCAGAUUUGAAAUCUUGGAAGCCAUGGCCAAAUUACUUAACCAUAAAAUCACCCCAUGCUUGCCCCUCAGGGGCACCAUUUCUUCAUCUGGUGAUUUAGUCCCUCUGUCCUACAUUGCUGGGCUCUUGACCGGCCGGGCUAAUUCGAAGGCAGUCGGACCUGAUGGGGAAAUUCUUGGUGCAUCCGAAGCAUUCUACCUUGCCGGAAUCGAUAUCGGAUUCUUCGAGUUGCAGCCAAAAGAAGGACUUGCAUUAGUAAACGGCACUGCAGUUGGUUCUGGUUUGGCUUCAAUUGUUCUGUUUGAGGCUAACAUUCUUGCUGUUUUGGCAGAAGUUUUAUCGGCAAUCUUUGCUGAAGUUAUGCUAGGAAAGCCUGAAUUUACGGAUCAUUUGACUCAUAAGUUGAAGCAUCAUCCUGGACAGAUUGAGGCCGCUGCUAUCAUGGAACACAUUCUUGAUGGAAGUUCAUUUAUUAAAGAAGCUCAAAAAGUACACGAAAUGGACCCUUUACAAAAGCCUAAACAAGAUCGUUAUGCGCUUCGUACCUCGCCCCAGUGGCUUGGUCCACAAGUCGAAGUCAUUCGGGCUGCAACAAAGUCCAUUGAAAGAGAGAUCAAUUCUGUUAAUGAUAAUCCAUUGAUUGAUGUUUCGAGGAAUAAGGCAUUACAUGGAGGGAAUUUUCAAGCCACCCCUGUUGGAGUGUCAAUGGAUAACACUCGUUUGGCCAUUGCUUCGAUAGGAAAACUCAUGUUUGCACAAUUUUCUGAGAUGGUUAAUGACUUCUACAACAAUGGGUUGCCUUCGAAUCUCUCCGGGGGACGUGAUCCGAGUCUUGACUAUGGAUUCAAAGGCGCAGAAAUCGCAAUGGCUUCUUAUUGUUCCGAACUCCAAUUUCUUGCCAAUCCAGUAACCAACCAUGUGCAAAGUGCUGAGCAACAUAACCAAGAUGUCAACUCUUUGGGACUAAUUUCUUCAAGAAAAACAGCAGAAGCCGUCGAUAUAUUGAAGCUCAUGUCGUCUACUUUCCUUGUUGCUUUAUGCCAAGCCAUUGAUUUGAGGCAUUUGGAGGAGAAUUUGAAGGCCUCUGUGAAAAAUACAGUAAGUUUAAUUGCCAAGAAAGUUUUAACGACGGACUCCGAUGGACAGCUUCACCCUUCCUGGUUUUGUGAAAGAGACUUAUUAAAAGUGGGAGAUAGAGAGCAUGUAUUUGCCUACAUUGAUGAUCCCUGCAGUGCUACCAGUCCGUUAAUGCAAAAAUUGAGGCAAGUUCUUGUUGAUCAUGCCCUGAUGAAUGCUGAUGGGGAAAGGAAUGAGAGCACUUCAAUUUUCAAGAAAAUUAGUGUCUUUGAGGAAGAAUUAAAGGCCCUUUUGCCUACUGAAGUCGAAAAUGUUCGACUCGAGGUGGAAAAUGGUAAGCCGUCUAUUGCUAACCGCAUCAAGGAUUGUAGGUCGUAUCCACUGUACAAGUUCGUGAAGGAAGAACUGGGAACUAGUUUCUUAACUGGCGAAAAGGUCCGUUCGCCGGGCGAAGAGUUUGAUAAGGUAUUCACAGCUAUGUGUGAAGCGAAAUUGAUUGAUCCAUUGCUGGAUUGUUUGAAGGAAUGGACUGGUGAACCCCUUCCCAUUUGCUAAUAUGUCUUUACUUUGAAGUUGAACUCAGAUUAAAGGACUAAAAUGAUAUAAUCCUAUUUAUUAUAUUGUCUAAUGAGGGAUGCUAUAUGGAUAGGCGGCACAGACAACCGGUCAAUAGGGGGCCAACAGGGGUUGUCCGAGGAGUUUUAUCAUUGUCUAAUCGUGUCAGUGUGUCACAUGCCUCCCAACGUAUCCAUAUGCUUCUAAUUUAAAUACUUUUGAGUACACGUUUGGGUUUUUUGUAAUUUGUGAGCUUCUUUCAUUAUCCUAUUAUCUUUUGGUAA